AUGAAGACGGAGAUCCGGGUCCACCCGCCACCCACCCACAUCACGUCACGUGAAAGCGCGGUGGCAACCGUCUUCUCUUCGGCGUGUACACGUAGAGACGUGAGGGGCCACGUAUCAGUCAUGCAUCGUGCAACACGGCCCGUGACCCGGCGCAAGGAGAAACAGCAGCGGACCAGGUAUAUCCCCUCCCGAGGAAAGUGCUACGGCCACGCGUACCAGCUCACGGCCAUGUGGGUCCGUCCAGUCAGUGACUCCGUGAGCUGGCACUGGAGGUUUUCCGCCGUGGCGCCUCGCCGGAGACCUCCGCUCGCCGCGGCCGCCGACGCGUCGCCCUCGUCAUCCCCACGGAAGUCCGGCGAAGAUGCGCCGCCGCCCGCCGGGGGCACGCCGCCGGCGGCGGCGGCCGGCGUCACCCCGUGCGAGCAGGCCAGGAAGGCACUGUGUGUGCGGUCGCCGUUUGACGGGGAGGAGGCUGCUGGGCGGGACGCCUGGCUGCCAUCCCGAGUUGCCAGAUGGGCGGCGGUGGGCGACGUGCGGAAGAAUCAUAAGAAGAGCCAGCCCCAGCAGCAGCAGCAGCCGGAGCCAGCACCUCCCCUGGAGCAGCACCCCAGAGUGCCUGCUGGGUGCAAGGGCUUUUGGGAGCAGUUGGAGCCCUAUUUUCGGGAGUUCACAGCGGAGGAUUUCGAGGAAUUAGUGACGAAGCAUCAAUUCUGCCCCAGCCAGAUUGAUCCAUAUUUUGUGAUACCAGUUGUGGGCAGUAGUAAGGAGUUAGGGGAGAAUUCAGAUCUAUCUCAUGCUUUUGAAGCAGAUGAAAGCCCAGAUUUGAGUUCGAAUUUGGACAAGCAUAACGAGUUGGAUAGGAGCAAAGAGGAUAUUCGGGACAGCUUGGAUGAUAUUGGAGCCAGUGUAGAGCUGGUCACCCAAGAUGAGAGUAGUAAAGAGAAUUGUGAUCAGGACAUGCAGGAAGUGAUUGUGCAGCAAGAGGAGCAGCCGGUUGAAAUCGUGUUAGAUCAAAGCAGGACUAAUAGUAAUGUUUUACCGGGAUGCAGAGAGGAUCUGUUGCCUUCUUUGAGCUGGCUCUUAGGAGCAAGGCGACGGUUUGUGCUCACUUCAGAGCGCCCAAACAAGAAGAGGAAGCUCUUAGGUGCUGAUGCUGGUCUAGAGCAGCUUGUUCUGCUGCCAUCCCCUGAAGGUGAGGCUGGUUCGAUCUGCGAUGUUUGUUGUAUGGGAGAAAGUGACAUGAUGUCUAACAGGAUGCUUCAUUGCAAGAAUUGUGAGAUAUCUGUGCACCAAAAGUGUUAUGGUGUGCGUGUUGUGCCAGAUCGUUUCUGGUUUUGUGUUUGGUGUAGCCGGAAUAUCGGGAUGCCACGGAGGUUGACACGCAGCGAUGCCUGCAGGACUGUGCCAAUGCCCUGUGUGCUCUGUCCAAAGGAGAAAGGUGCUUUGAAACCUUUCAAAAGGGACCCUGGUCCAUCCACAGAUGGAGGAAACCAAGAAUUUGUACAUUUAUUUUGUAGUCUUUGGAGAACAGAGUUUCAUGUCAAGGACAUGGAAUCAAUGGAGCCUGUCACCAAUAUAGUAGAUACCCAAGAGAAUCAAUCAAAAUUGGUGUGCAGCCUUUGCAAGGUCAUGCAUGGUGCAUGUGUCCGCUGCAGCCAUGGAGCAUGCAGGACUUCCUUCCAUCCUAUAUGUGCAAGAGAGUUCAAGCUUCAGAUUGAGAUAUGGGGGAAGUUUGGUCAUGAUAAUGUUGAGAUGCGAGCAUUUUGUGCAAAGCAUUCUGCUAUCAAAAGCAUCAGCUCCAUACAGAAUGACAAAAGUGUAUCUGAACUGGACUGCGCUCAAGCUGAGCCGCAUGAUGGAAAACCUGUUACUGGGAAUGAACAACAAGUGAGAUUUACGCGCAGUAACAAGGACAAAUUUGUGAACAGCACAUUUACUACUAGUUCUUGUAGCCUAAACAAUGCUCAGACAACUGAAGUGGCUACCAUUCCAUCCACUCCUGGAAGCACUCAAGAAACUCAAAGUGCAGAUAUGGCUGUUGAUCAACCCUCUGCAGAUGUGAAUAUUAUGAGCAAUUCUGGAGAUGUUUCUGGAAUGCUUCGAAAGCUAGUUGACCAAGGAAAGGUUAGUCUUGCUGACAUAGAAUCGGAGCUGGGUCUUUGUUCAGAAUCAGUGGAAGCUGCUCUUCAGCCUGAUGAGACAACUGCUUACUCCCCUGGCCUGAAGUUGAAAAUGAUCAAGUGGCUGCAGAACUCUGAGCGUGCACCUUCUGUUCAAGUGAAGUCAUUUAACGAGGGUUCUUUGGCACAAGGUACACUUCUUAGGAGUGAAAGUAAGAACUUAACCACUGCUACACUUCAGUCAGGACAGGAGGAAGCCAUUUCAUCGAUUGAUCAUCAUUUUCCAGAAAAUGACAGUGCUAAUAGGGGUGAUUUAGUUCAAAAUGGCUUUCAUGAUGAUCCUGGUGCAAAUGAGAUUUCUGGCCGGCAUUUACUCAACUUGGAUGGUUACUGCUGUUAUAUUCAUCCUGUCAUUGAGAAAAGGUUGCAAGGUUUGUGGAGUAAUAACAUGGAGCAAACUAUACAGAAAAAUGGUUAUCAUGAAGAGUUAUCUUGCUCUCUUCAAGAUGACCUUGGUGGUUCAUCAACAAAACUUGGGCAAUUAGCAGACAAAGCUGCCCUGGAUCAAGUCUGUAAAGCAAAAUCAUCAGAUACUCUCAAGCAUUCACCUGAUGAUGAAAUAGAAGGGGAAAUAGUUUAUUUACAAUCCAGGCUACUUGAUGGUGUUGUUUCUAUGAAGCAGAGAUAUGAAGAUUUAAUACUCAAGGUUGUCCAGAAUAUUUCUUGCGAGUUGGAUUCUUUUAAUAAAAGAAAAUGGGAUCAUAUCAUUGUGAAUCAGUUUCUUCGUGAUCUGAGGGAAGCUAAGAAGCGUGGAAACUCAGAGAGGAGACACAAGGAAGCUCUAGCUAUCCUGGCUGCAACUGCACCUUCUGUUGUACCAGCCUCACGAAAUGCAACAAUGAGGAAAGAGACAGAAAACAAUGUGGCCUCUGCUAGACGAGAGAUUAUGCCAAGAAGCAAUGCUGGUUCCUCAAGAAUUGGCCAAGUAUCUCCAUCACCACAAGCAAAGGAUUUAUCAUUUUCCAAUAGCAAAGUCUCAGAGGAAACUAACUUUGGCAUUUUUGAUCUGGCAAAAUUCUCCAAGAAAAGUUCUCUUCCCUGUGAUAUAUGCAUGCGAUGUGAUACUGUAUUGAACCGUAUUUUUGUCUGCUCCAGCUGCAAGGCUGCUGUCCACUUAGAUUGCUACCAGAGCCUUAAGUACCCCACAGGUCCAUGGAAGUGCGAACUUUGCCUCGAGAUGUCCUCAGAUUUUGUUGUCUCUGGUGAGCUAUCAGAUCAAAAUGGCGCGAAAGCUUGUUUGGUGCAGUGUGGUUUAUGCCAUGGAACAUCUGGCGCUUUUAGAAAGACUGUGAAGGGUCAAUGGGUUCAUGCUUUCUGUGCUGAGUGGCUGUUGGAGACUACAUUCAGAAGAGGGCAACAUAAUCCAGUCGAUGGAAUGGAGAGGCUUCAUCACAAGGAUAAAGAUGCAUGCUCUAUAUGCCACCGCAAUGUCGGUGCAUGCUUGAAGUGUAGUACAGUAGACUGUCAAAUUACUUUCCAUCCUUCAUGUGCUAGAGAUGCUGGUCUUUACAUGAAUACAAAAAGAUUGGGUAAUAUGUUACAACAUAAAGCAUACUGUUGUAGACACAGUGUUGAGCAGAGAAAGGCCUAUCGUCAACAAUAUGGACCUGAGGAAGUCAAGAGUAUGAAACAAAUGAGGGUUGAAUUGGAACUGUUACGCUUCCUUUGUGAGAGGAUUGUUAAGAGAGAGAAAGUGAAGAAAGAUUUAGUUGGAUGUGCACAUGACAUACUUGCUGCAAGGAGGAUAACUGCUGUCUCUUCUUUGUGGACUUCUUGUUAUGCUUCUGGACCUGGAGCAAGUUCAGAAUCUGCCACUACUUCUGUUAAUAACAAAUCAUAUGGUGGAACGAUUCAAAGGUCCGAUGAUGUCACAGUGAGAUCAGACGAUAUCACAGUGGACAGUACAGUUACCAAAAAACAUACUGUCAGGUUUUCUCUGCAUAACAGGGACACUGAUAGGAACACAGCUGACAGUUCCACAUCAACAAUAUCAUACAAACGGAAGUUGGAUGAUGGGGAAUCACUUGCAUUCAAGAGUCUUCCCGGAACACCAGCUACUGCCUUACUGGAGUCACGGGAUGUAGAAAAGAAGCCAAUAGAUAAAAAGCGUAGGGAAAUAUAUCAAAAUGAGCUUGUCAUGGCUACUUCUCACCAAGCUUUGUUGAAGAACAAGAGCCCUCCAGAGAGAUAUGUUUACACUCGCCGUAGCUCCAUGUCUAAAAGGAAGCAAUGUAGUCAGCAUGUAGUUGAAGGACCUGGUGGAUGACAGCAGACGAAGUAGCAUCUUGGUGGCUUCUUCUUGGGAUGUUUGGAGAGUAUUCUUGGAAGCUCGAUGCACAAAAGCACAAAGCAAAUACAGCAAGCGGGGCUGGCCAUUAAUCAUGACGGAGCCACAGGGGCAGGCAUGGCUGCACUGAAAUUGGAAAUUUGAUGCAUUGGGCUCUUUGAAGAUUUGACCCAUUGAGCCCAUGUCAUCGUGGAGGCCAACAUGCGUGAAUUCAUUCACUAAUUUAGUUAAGGGCAGGGUUUGUGAAAUGCGCCCUAUUGCUAGUGUGGUGUCUUCACAUUAAUUAUCUGGAAGAAGGAAAUCGCUUAAAUUAUGCCCGGCGAAAGAAAGUGGAUAGACAUAUUGCUAACUGGCGCCUACCAAUAGGCCCUCCGCACAUGAAUUACCAUGUUUAGGAGUUGUAGCUAUGUACUAACAAAACUGCAUGUUUUGUUGUUGUGUGGCUUACAUCUGUUCUGACUUGUGAAAUGAACCCUCGAUGAGUCGUAGGGCAUUUCAUGUUUGUACAGGCAUGUAGGUUUAGCCUCCUGCUAUGUAGUUAACUUCAUAAGCAUCAUCUUGUAGCCUUAUGUGGUUAACCAGAUAUUUGAUUUAUUAGUUAAUUUAGUGAACCAAGAGCUGCCUUGUGUCCAUAUGGGUUGUGACUACAGGUGGUUCUUAUUGUAUCCAUAUCUGUUAUUAGCAUGAAAGCUGUUUGUUGCCGACCUCGGCGCCUAACCUCUUAA